UAUAAAUGCUGGUCACUGAAUGCCUGGCUCUACGUUGUGAAACACUUUCCUGACUAGCCUGCAGCAAAGUGAGCUGGAGCAGGGAGGAUGGCGUUCUCUGGGACAUGGGAGGUCUACUCACAGGAGAACGUUGAGAACUUCAUGCGAGCUCUCUCUAUUCCAGAAGACGUAAUAAAGCUUGGAAAAGACAUCAAGCCUGUCAUUGAAAUCAAACAAACUGAAGACAACUUUGUCAUCACAACCAAAAGUCCCCGCCAGUCAGUCACCAAUCAGUUUACCAUUGGCAAAGAAGCUGAUAUUACCAGCAUGGAUGGCAAAAAGCUGAAGUGCACAGUUCUGAUGGAAGACGGGAAGCUGGUAUGCAAGUUGCAAAACUUUCUGCAUGUACAGGAGGUGCAGGGAUCUGAAAUGAUUGAGAAACUUACUGCAGGAACCACCACCAUGAUCAGGAAAAGUCACCGAAUUUAACCACCACAGAAGCAGUUGCUUGUGAUGUAUUGAAAUAAAAGGAAUACCAGUC